AUGCUGGAGCACCAUAGUCACCAGGACGAGGCGUGUCCUGUUUCCAUAGUGACAUCUAUCUCCGCGUGCGUAGGAGGUUUGCAGAAACCCGCUCUUUUCAAAGCAGCAGUGGAGCUGCCUUUGUGCGUGCUGAUAAAUGAGGCGUUAUUUAGCAGCACCCCUGUGUGGGGUCCAGAAGCCGCGGGACACCAGAGCGGCACACAGGACCCCACACCCACACACAGCCCAUUUGAUCAGAAGGAGACAUUGGAGCGAGAGACAAAGUUCAAAAUCCUUGAAGCUGGAGUCGCUGAUGAAACCCAGAUCAACCAGAUCCCGACCAAGUACAGCCAGGCUGAGUCCACCAAGUUCCUGGUCCUGACUGUGGUCUCCAUCCUUUGCAUCCUGCUGGUUCUAUUGAUUUCCACGGUGAUCUACUGUCUGAGGAACAGGUCCCACCACAAACUGAAGGAGAAGCUGAGCAACCUGGGCCAGGAGAGCAAUGUGGACCAGACCUCCUCCUACCAGGAGCUGUGUCGUCAGCGCAUGUCCAAACCUGAGCGCUCUGAGCCUUUGUCCUCGCGUCUCAACAGUGUGGCCUCUCAGUUUAGUGACACUGCUGCAGCUGCAGCCGCAUCAGUCAGUCCCUCGGCUCGGGCCAGUCUGUCUUCUUGGAGCGAAGAGCCCAGUGUGUCCAGCCUGGACAUCUCCACCGGUCACAUGAUCCUGGUGAGACCGCAGAUCAGGGAAGGCCAGUGUCACCCCAACAUGGAAGAACUGGACCCCUCCAGACCCUUCUGUGAGCCAAACCGGGAACAGAAUGAUGUUGUAAUUAACCUUUUACAAACCUUUGCUGCUAAAUUGAUUCCAGGGACCUGGAACCAAUUUGAUGGGGCUACGGCCCCCACACUAGAUCAGGCCGCACGAGACCUGGCGUCUGACGCCACAACAAAUGCACUCGAACCCCGAGCUGUGCACAACCCCACCUUCACCAAAAGUAAUACGCCUGGCCGCAAAGAAGACUACUUCUACAGGGUCCCCACAAACGAAGGACAUGAGCCUGCCAGGACUAAGCCCCAAGGAAGUGUGCAGACGUCCACGGAAGACCUCCCACAGGUACCCAAACUGGACCAGGUCAAACUACGACCACUAGACUGCCCACCUAGUCAGAGGUACAGUAACAGACCGGAACCCCCAGACAGAGGACCGGACCCACCUGACUACCACGGCUACCGGCAACCGGCCCACUGCCAGGAAGCCCCCAAGGACCCGCUAAGUCACAACAGACAAGACUCUUACAGUGACCGCUCACAGUGCCCCAGGUACCCAGACUUCCCGGAUGUAAGACCCGUACCGCCCACUAGCCGACAGGACUGCCAAGACUAUAGGAGACGUGACCCCUAUAGCCCACCCCCCACCUGCCCCCGCGAGCGCCAAAUGCAUGUCCCAAUACAAGGUCGAGACUACCCCGGACCAACAAUCCGUGACUUUGACCUUAUUGCCCGCCACAUUAACCGCUUUGAACCCCAACCGGGAAACCCUGCAGACCCCCAGUCGUACCUCAGAGACAUUGACUUCUACUCUAAACGUUUGCUCAAUGCAUCUCUAGAGGACAAAGUAUUCUUAAUAAAACUUACGUCCAACAGGGAAGUUAAUAACUUUAUAGACAGACAGUCGCCCGCCACACGGCCAAACUACGACAAUCUCUGUCAGGCCCUCCUCAACGAAUACUUUGACUUUGGAACAUCUGGUACACUCACUGCAGCCCUAACCGUCAGACAGGCCCGUAACGAGCCGUCAGACGCUUACUAUCACAGACUGAGACAGGCAUACUUCGGUAACCAAAAUUACCAAAAUAUGGAGGAGGACAAACACUUUAAAGCCCUGUUCAUCCAAAACCUCCACCCCAGCCUCAGCCUUCUCCUAGGUGUGAGUGCAUGCCCUGUUACACAAAACAUGCGGCAGCUGAGGACUCUGGUUGCCAGAGCCCGAAGUAUUCACACAAUGAGAUCCCACAACAAACCACCGGAGGCGCCCUCAGUCUACAGUGUUGGUAAACAUUCUAAACUAAAGAGCGCCCCCGCCCACCAGCUGCGUAAAACAGCACGUAAGGCCAACCAGGAAAAGUCAAACUCCCACAGGCCAACGGCACGUAAAAACAGGCACACACAGGGCAGAAGCCAGCGAUAUUCCACAAACAGCACUGGCCCCCACCCACAUAGCGGGACUCAAAACAAUGUCCCCAAACAACCCUCAGGUACAUUUAAAAACCAUGUGGGGGAAGACCAUAAUCAAUCGGACAACCUCACCUGGGAAGAGGAACAGCUCCUCCGAAUACUCACUCGUAAAACAAAUGGUGAAACGACAAACAAAGCUGACUCCCUUACAGAAAAUGAUAGUCCAUACGACUCAGACGACCUUGACUACACAGACACUGACGGUGCUGAACCAAUAAAUCAGACUGUAUUACAAUCACAGGUCGACACGGACACUUGGGACCCUGACUGGCCAAAGGACAGUCAAUACAUUCCCCAAAAGGACGUUAUGGUGGUACAGGUAAGUCCCUACACCGACGCUGGGGGGAAAACUCCCCCCACAGUCAGGUGCGAACCACCUGCCCAAACGUUAAUUGGAAACUUGCGACUCAAAGGAGCAAACGGGACACUCCACCUUCCGGUGACUCUCGAGGACCAAUGGAAACAGGACGCUAUGAUGGAUACGGCAGCAGACAUCAGUCUGAUAUCCAGGAAUCUCUUUGCGAACCACACGGUGAUGGAGGAGGACACUCCUGAGUAUUUGCACGCAGCAGCUGAAGUGAACCUACUCCAUCAUCUGAGAAAGCUGCAGAAGGAUGGGAAGAUCUGUCUUGUGAAAGAGCCGCCUGCUGUCUCCUUGUGGAGGAGUCAUCUGUGA